AUGAUGUUGGACAUUGGGUUCAAUGCCGAUACCACACUGUACAUGGCACCCCCAGGUGAAGAAGGACUGGACCUCAGUUAUGAGGGUGGCGAACACGAGGCCUUUGAUGGCCUAUCACAGCAACUUGUGUCGCUAUCUGGUUGUUGUUAUGUAGACCCACGCACUCAUCAUGAUUGUAUUGAGGUUCAGACUGGGCAUUGGAACACUCAACUCAACUGCCUGGUUGAUGUGUAUCUAGAUUAUUGUGAUUGCGACCAGGGUGAUGGCAUGCCGAGCAUCCCUGACAGUGUCAUAAUUCCUGAUGGAAGCCAUUGUCUAUCGCUUGCUGAUAUUGAGCUAGUUGAUCUAUUUGGUGCAUGUUAA